UGAAGUCCUUUUCGCGGAAAUGCUUCACCUGAAGUUUUCCAUCGGACGGUGAAAGUUUGGAGCUGGAGAGGAAAGGACGCAGCAGGGGAGACGCUUCAAAUGGAGAGAGGGUGAACCAGCCCAUCUGGAUCAGUAAAGUUUCACAAGGACAUAGCUCCAGUGUGAGGUGGUAUGUCGAACCGUGACUCCCUGGGUUUUGGGGACCUGCUUCCCCAGGAUGUGGUUCAGAUAUUUGCCCAGGAGAAGCACGGCAAAAGGGGACGCAAGAAGCGCAGUCGCUCCCUUGGUCGGGCUCUGGGCUGGCUGAAGGGCAAGAAGAGGAAGGACCUUGGCGCUAAUGGGCAAAAUCUGGGUCUAGGCCCCGCACUUGACUUGGCCUUGGAUGUGCACCCUGCUGGGCAUCAGGGUGGAAACAAGGGAGGGCAGAAGUCAGGAAGGCAGGUGCAUCCACACGGAAACAGUCAUGCUGUCCCAAAGCGAGAUAAUGAUAACAUGACCUCAGCACCCCUGCUGCUCCAGGAGAAUGUGUUCAAUGAGGCCAGCAGCAGACCCAAGUACUUGGAGGACCUGCACACCGAGGCCCUGGAGGGAUUGAAAAUGAUGCAGCAGGAAGAAACCAACAAUGGAGUCGAGUACCAGGAUAAUGAAAGCACAAUUUCGAUGAUGACGGCCCAAACAGAUGGGGAAGGCGGAGGGUUUAUGACAGACAGCACCAUUCCUGACACAUCCUCUGUCGUCUCUGUACAAUCAUCAGUGUCCACUAGAUCAUCCCGCUCUGGACUCACCAGGCAAGGAUCAACAUUCAGGCCCUUGAACUCUGGGAAAAAGUCAGAAAAGGCAAAGAGGAGAAGACACAGGAAGACUGUUGUGGGUAUCCCACAGCAUGUUCAGAGAGAGCUGGGGUUGGACAGAGUGGGCUGGACAUUGACUCAGAAGUUAGAUGAGGAACAGCUUUAUAAUGGUGAAAGUGACGUCAGCCCCACCACUGAUGGGCCACAUCAGGCAGCAGAGGCACAAAAGGGAGCCGCUGCUGGCCAUUAUAAGAGCAUCGUUCAGCCCCUCAACAAAGACCAAGUUGAGCAGCUCAAUGCCACCCAUGCUGGUCAUAGGGAUGACUUGGCCCUGUUGCACUGCCUGGGUCCUGACUUGUCAGGUGGACAGAGGCCCCGGUCCUUAGCCGUUCCCUGGAUGACAACUGCCAACAGCCUCCAGCAGGAGCCGCCCAGCCCUGUCAUGUCCAUGUCACCUCAGGCUGCUUACAUGUCCAAAAUCAUUCCCAAUGCUGUGUUGCCUCCGUCCAUCGAAGUGGUUGAAAUCAGCCGUGGACGGAGUCGCAGCAGCCUGCGCACUGUCAGCAAAAGCAGCCUGCUGCUCUCCAGCCCAGCCCCAUCUCGUGCUUCCUCUAGAGCCUCUUCAUCCAGAACCACUUCCUCCAGAGCCUCCAACUUCACCUCCGCUUCCCGCCAGAACCCCCCCAAUCUGUCCGAUAGCUCCUGUUGGAGCAACUCUGAGUCCUCAGAGACCUUAGUGUCUGACUCCUCUACCAUUUCCAGCAGCAGCACCCCCAGGCAGAAGAGGUCACAGGAUGGAGAUGUUUCUGCUAAAGAGGACAGAGUCAGUGUCCACUCCUCUGUUAGCAAGGCUUCCAAAUGCACCUCCAAUGGCAAGGUCAUUGGGAAGGUAGAUGCGGUUAAGAAAGAGGGGCAGUUUGUGCGUAGCCUCUCUGUCAUGAAGCCCAAGAAGGCUCCUCCUCCUCCAAGCCGCUCCUAUUCCCUCCACAAUAAGAUGAAACGACGAUCACGUGAUUUGGAGUUUAGGGUCAUUUCAGGGGAAUCUUCUCUCCACAGAAUGCCAGCCACAAGUGAGGAAAAUGAAAAAAACAAAUCAGGAUCUUCUCUUAUGGCCUCCAAAAUCAUGGAUAGCCCUGGCUACAAUGCUGACACCAGUUCUCUGGAGGACUCUACGGGCUCUGUGUCAUUCAGUCCGAUUAAAUCUCAGGCACUAAAAGCAGGGGAUGCUGCAAAGGUUGAGGAAAAGGGUUUCAGAAAUGCCUCAGAAGAAAAGCAGGAACAACUUCAGGAGAAUAAGCUAAGCAAAAUAAUCUCUCCAUCCAGUGGCUACUCCAGUCAAGAUGCCACAUCCCCACAGCUUUCUAAACAGUCUCACAGCUCAUCUCCCAGACAUAAGAGAGGCAUCUUAGCAAAGCUUCAAAGGUUAUUUCCUGGGCCCACUUCUGCUGGUUCAGCUCAAUCUCCUCUCAUACAGCCAGAGGCUCCUCAAAACACUAAAUCUACUGAGGAUCCUAAACCUGACUCAGCUGACACUGUGAGCGUCAGCGCCUCUGUAAGGACCUUGAGAGAACUCUUCAAUAUCCCUCCGCCACCUAAAGUCCACGCACCUCCACCCCCUCCUCCAGAGGUCUGGGCUCACAACAAGCGUACUUUUGAGUUGCUGCUGGGACCCCCGGCACCUGACAAUGUUUAUGCCAUUAUAAAGAAGAACCCAAAGGACAGGAGACAACAGAGGCAGUCCCUUUCUGCAUCUACAGAGGGCUCUGUGAAGAGCAUGGUGGUAGAAAGAAAGCACAAUAAUUCAGCUAUUACAGUGGAGUCCAUGAAUGGAUCCCUAUGUGUGCUGGAGAGAAAGAAAGGUCAAGAAAGUGUGAUUUUGAAUGCAGAGGUUCAUAAAGAGAAUAAUGAAAGACUGGUGCAAAAUGUAGAUUUGAAAGGAAAUAGCAAAGUGACAGAAAAAGAUGAGAAAGUAAAAGUAAGUGACAUACUAAAUGGGAUGUUAGUGAAGGCUGUGGAGAAACGUGAAGAAAGGCUGGCAGCGAUGAGAGAAGAAGACGCCAAGAAGACAUCAACACAAGCCACAGAUGUAAAUCAGUGGCUCACAUCAGUACAACCUGUUGUAUCCCCCGAGUCAUCCUGGCCCCCACCACCUCCACCGAUGGCACAAGUGCGUGUUGGUGGGUCUGAUGAGAUAGAUUUUCCCCUACCACCUCCCCCAUUGUUUGGUGAGGGAGGGUUAGUCAUGCCUGUUCAGGCGCCACCAGCGAAGUCCAUUCCUGGUGGUGACUCCUCUUGGACAUCUACAUCUGUUGUAUCAGUGGUGACAACUGAAUCCAUUACGGUGACCACAGAGGCUGAACCACAGAAAUCCAGUUCAUCCCAGGGUAUUGUGCCCUCACCACUGAGUAUCCCUCCUCCCCCGCCCUACACAGCCCCCCCUCCACCAAAAGCAGCUUCCCCUCCUACGAUUAAAAAGGUCUCUCUGCCACCAAAAGACGUCUUUCCACCACCACCCAAAGAGUUCUCAUCUCCAUCACCUCAAGAGGUUCCUCCUUUGAGGCCCAAAGAGUCCUCUACUCCUGUGGUUCAAGAAGUCCCCCCUACACUUGAUAAAGAUGUCUCCCUCCCUCAGGUUAUCAAGGCCUCCCCUCUGCCUCUUAAAGAGAACCCCUCUCCGUCUACUGAAGAGGUUACGCUUUCGUUUUCUCAGGAAGAUGCCUCUCAGCCUUCUGUAGAAGCAACACUUGUUAGCAAGCUCAGUCCACCACAAAGUAUUCCACCUCCACCACCCCUAUCACAAUCCCAGUUGUCAGAGCAGGAUAUUGAACUUCCACAAGAGAACAUCCCAUGCGAAUCUGAAACUAAUCCAGUUUCAUCAAACAACAUUCUUACUCCCCCUCAGAGUAUUCCGCCUCCACCUCCCACAGAGCCUCUGCUCCCACCUGAGGUUGUACCCGCAAACACUGAUGGUGCAGGAGCUCAUGAGGCCCCAACUUUGCCACCAUCUGACAUCUCAGUCCCACUAGCUCCUGAAAGCUCUCCUUCACCAGAAAAGGCUCAGGAACCUGCUCCUGCUCCUUCUGCACCUGUAAACAUCCCUUUACUUCCACCUUUACCAGUGCAGGGUCUUACCAGCAUUAAGCACCAGCCUAGUUCUGCAAGCACAGAAAACCAAAGCCAAGAACCGACCCCUGCUUCUGUUGUACAAGAGGAACCCACUCCCAUUGUCACCCCCUCCCUCCUGCAGAUGGUCAAGCUGCGGUCUGUCAACAGCAGUCCUGAGCCCCCUACAACUCAAGAGCCACCACAGGCUGAGGUGACGAUGAGGAAACAGCAGUCCAGCGAUCAAGUCCCAACCUCAUCUGCGAGUGGCGAAGCUCCUCAAAAGCCCAUCAGAAAGUCACUGAUAAUGACCUCUCCCACAUCCACUUCUUCACCUGUCACAGUUAUUUCACAACCAGCUCUGCCCAAGUCCCAGUCUCUUAUGGCUCCAUCUACAUCUUCAUCCACAAUCCCCUCCCCUUCAAAAAAGUCUCCUCCUGCCAUGACUGCCUCUCCUUCCAUGAACCUGCAGGAGGCCAUCCGCCUGAGGACAGCAGCCAGAUCAAAAGAGAGCCCUGCAUCUCGCCUCAGCCUGCACUCACCUACAUCACCAACAGACCUCCAUAAGUCCCCCUCUAGCACAGCAAGCUUUAUCUUCUCCAAGAGCAACAGGAAGGUGGUGAUUGAGACUGCACCGGAGGCCAAGGCGAGUGUGCAGAAUAACCUGGAGAUUUCCUCUGUAACAAAGGUGGUGAGUGAAGCAGAUUCAGUGAAGAAGGGAGGCAAGGUGCCACCACCUGUAGCAAAGAAACCCAAAUCAAAGUCCAAAGAGAAUGAGACCAGUGUAGGGACGGAGCAAACUGCUGGACAGGAAGCAUGGCAAGAGAGUAUCCACGAUGCUACAGAGAAAACAAAUGGGACAGCUGGUACUGUUGAAGCAGGAGAGACACCUUCAACAUGAUUGUGAAGACUGAAGGAGACUGGGAAGAAAAUACCAAUAACACUGAAUUCACUGCAAGUCGGUCUUUGUGUGUGAAAGACGAGAAACUGAAACAGAUGAGUUGCUUAUUUCAAAAAAUGCAUUUUGAAACAUUCAGGAUUUUGUAGAAAAUCCUUUGAAUGUGAUGUUAAUGGUGUGGGUCUUAAAGUACGCAUUUUGCAUUUGACUAAAUAGUUUUUCUUUUGCCAGAGGUUUUACUGUUGCAGGAGAUGGGUUUGCAUCGCCCUCUAGUGUCAAACAAUGAUUGUACCACUUUUGUCCUGCUGAAUCAGAGCUUGUAGUCAGUACUCUUAACAAUGGGACUUUUGGGUGCUCAUCUGUAAAUAUAGCAACAUUUUGUACAUUUAACAUAUCCAGUAAUGAUGGAUCUGUGCUAUAGAGUUCUGUUCUAUAUUUCUGUAUUUCCACACCAAUUAUAUUUGUUAAAAAAUAUUAAUUAUCUUAAGUUAUUUUUCCUGAUAUAUUCUGUUCAUGUUCAGAGGAGGGUCUCUGCAGACAGUGUCUUCUUUGCAAUGUUGUGUUACAGCCAAAUAUAAUGAUAUGAAUCGAGUUCGUUUAUAUAAGUCUUAAUCAUAUCCAAAUUUAUGUUUUUCACAAAAAAAUCCCACAUCAUUUUUUAUGAUUCAAAGCUAUCUAAGUGCAUGACCGCUGAUAUCACAAAAACAAGGACCAGAUGUGGCAAGUAAUACUGGAAUCAUUAUUUUGGAGCACAUUUUCUGCUGCUUUUAGUUACUGAUAAUGAAGGCUUUGCCUUUCUUACAGGUAUUAUGUCUCAAACAGUGGAUAUUUCUGUUUUGAAUUAUGAAUAUAUUUCAAGUUGCUUUCAGACAUCAUAAUGUUUUAAAUGAUCAUUUAUAAUGGAAAAAAUAAAGAUUUAUGGACAAAUGAAA